AGAACAGCAGAGCAGUCGUAGAAAAAGGAUGUGUGGAAGCGGAAAGGGCACUGCAUGGAAGCCAGCCUGCGCUGCUUGUGCCCCGGAAUCUGAUUCCCAAAAAGCACAUAGAUCGAGCCCACACGGGAAUGAAUCACUCGAGUGAAGCGUCCAUAAAAGAUCAGGCUCACAAGUUACAAGUAGUCAAGUACGGCUGCAAGCAAAGCGAAGCACACCAAAGCGAGCAUCAAGCAGCGCCUCGCACGCUAAUCCCUUCCUUUCCUCUGCUGGCCGCCCUUAACAGCACUCGGUCCUCGCUCUCCCUGCGGCGGCCUUUUUCACACUCUGCACCUCCUCCCCUCCGGCCAGUCGAAACCGUCGCCGCCGCCGCCGGGAGGAGAAGAGCUCCAUGGACUACAGGCAGCAGUCCUACUGCAUGACCCUGAGGAUGAACAUCGACUGCAACGGGUGCUACCAGAGGAUCAGGAGGGCGCUCCUCCAGAUGCGAGAGCUGGAGAAACACCUGAUCGACAAGAAGCACGGCCGGGUCGUAGUGUGGGGCGCCUUCAGCCCGCAGGACGUGGCCAUCAAGAUCAGGAAGCGGACCAACCGCCGCGUCGAGAUCCUCGACCUCAGCGAGGCCUCGCCGGCAGCCCCAGAAGGCGGCCCCGACGGCCACAUGUCCUGAAGGAACCACGUCACCAAUACGUACUCUGGAGAACUGCUUGCUAUUCUCUUCACUCUUCACCAAGGCAGGCCCGCCUCAGAGGACGUAACCAUAUGCCUGCCUGGCAUCUUUUACCUUCUUGUAAUUUAGGAAUCCUGCAUCAUUUUGUUCUGUAACUGUGAAGGCUUGUUGAAGUAACCAGAAAAAAAAUCUAGGUACCGUUCUAAAAGUCCAUCUGAUGCGACCAGAGAGGCUAUGCUCGUUUGCUUUAACUUUACUCAAAACAGGAAAAAAUGAUCUGUUGAAUUUCCUGUCAAUUAGUAUUGUCCAGUUAAGACAUAAACAAGAUCUAUAUAGGAACCAGGAAGCAGCCUCUAUCAUUAUUAAUGCCCCAAAGUGUUUACACAAUUCAUGGUUUCUUGAAUCAGGGUCUCCCUCCAAGAAUAGAUAAACACACGGAGCGAAAACGAUCAGUGUAUAAACUGUACACAAAAAUCUGUAUGUGGAGAUAUAACAUUGAAAAGUGUCUUUUUAUUAUCUAUAUUGGCAUUGUCUUCCAAUUGUGAAUAAAAAAAAAUUGAGAACU